AUGUCCAUCUUUUCAUCUCCAAAGAGACUAAAAGAAUUUGGUAUCAUUAGUGAUAUUGAGGCAGUUUCCUCUCCUGUAGAAGUGAACAUCUCCAAUAUGAAAGAAUCAGAAGAUCUUGGGAGUUUACGGCAGGCUUUGAUUGAUCUAUAUUUAGACGUCAAAAUACGUAGCUCAGAGGACUUGAGCAACGAAACUCCUACACAGAAGGAAAGAGACAGGGAAAAGCUUAGCCAUUUGAGUCUCUGAGCUAUCGUCAGCUAUAUAAAGUCUACUAUCGAGAUCUUAAUGGCCAUGAAAUUGGAUGAAUCGCAGUAUAAACUUAAAGAAGUGAAGUACCAUCCCAGGACAAGACCCUUCUUCAAGAAGGACGACCACCCUUGAGAUAAUAGCCGGGCCACUGAAAGCUCUGGCUAUGAUUUGAAUAAGGAAUAUGAGAUUGCUAUUCAGAAGCUUGAGGCUGAUGCUAGGAACCAUAUUAGAACAGGUAAACAGCAGCUUAAGCUUCAUAUUGAAUCUGUGCAUGCCAAAAUAGAUGAAGCUGAAGAGAAGUGGCACAGAGCUGAGUCAGAGAAGAGAAGGAUCAAAGUUGAUUAUGAGUCAGAACUCAUUAAACUCCGAGAUUCUGUAACCCACAGUAGCACACAGAUUUCUGAACUUACAGCUGACCUGGAGAAAGAGAGAAAGAGCUCAUCUCUUAAAACGGAAGAGAUCAGCAAAUUAGAAGCUAAAAUUAUUGAAAUUGAACAACAAUACAUCAAAGAAUCUAUGAUUCUUAAGAGUGAAUUGGCUAAAUUUAACGAGGAAGAGAGUUACAAAACUCUUGGGAUUUCGAAAGGAGAUCAUUUUACCACUGAUUCUCAUAAGAAGUUAUCAAAAGCCAUCACUUUGAUGGCAUCUAAUUGUACCCCUAUCAAUAUCAACCAGGAUUCUCAGAAUAGCUGUAAGAAUCAUCAAAAAGCAAUGAGUAUAAGCAGCUUUAGUCAAUUUAGUAAAAUAAAGCUUCAGGAGCCCAAAACUAGCAAGUUGACAAAGAAUCGGCUUAAAGGAGAAAUCCAGAGAAACCUUCUCAGAGGCUAUCUAAAGAGCAAACGUGACAAAGAGAGUAGUUCAGCCAUGAUGGAACUAUCUACGAGAACCCCUGACCGAACCAAUACGGAGUUCUCUCCUUAUUUGGCUGACAUGUACCAGAAAAGCACCAAAUCUUUUUAUAAUAAGGCUACUCCUCAGGUUAGGUCUAGCAGCAACUGAGCGCAAUAUACCCAAGGAAUAAAGAUCAGCACGAAUGAGUCUUCUAGGAAACCUACAAGAAGGACUAUUCUUAAAAAUCAUAAGAAAUCAAAAUCACAAUCUUCAAUAUCAGGUGUAAAAAGUAUGGAUAAUAGACAUUCUGGCAAGUUCUUGAGAGGCUCUGAAAGAGUUCAGAAAUUUGUGAAGAAAUGAAACAGAAAACCUCAAACUCUUCAUACCCAAAAUAUGCAAUCUCAGGGCCAUAAGAGGCAUCUAACUGAUCCGAAAAUGUCAGCAGCUCGAAUGCAAAAUAACCUAUUUCACACUUACAAAAGUAAGAGCAAAUGUAUUAAAAAUCAUGAUAUUGCUCAGAAAAGUAAGAGGUUAGGAUCUAGAGGAAGCAUUAAAACAUUAAAGUUGGUAAAACCUUCUGCAAAGUCCAACUCUAGCGCCUACUAUCAGCAAAAUCCUUCUCAAGGUGGUAGCAAUUACCCUGCAGGGAUUGACCAGAUGCAGACAUUUAGCAGCUCAUUCAAGUCAAAACCAGAGAGGCGCUGCGCCUCUUCAAUCGGAUGAUACCUAAAAGAUGUGAAGUCUACUCAGGAUUAAACUUAUUAGAACAGCAAAAUCAGU